GUAGAGCGAGAGAGAGAGAGAGAGAGAGAGCGCGAUCUGCUGCAGAGACAAAAGACAAGAGGGGGGACGGACAGGGACAAAGACAGCCAGACGGAGAGUAGGACAGACACACAUAAAGACAGACAAAGCGGGGGACAGACGGACACAGAGCCCGGGAGGAUGGGCAGGCAGAGCGACCGUCGGUAGCGCUCUGUGUUCGGGCACGGAGCUCCAGGAUGAGCGUAGCGCUGCAGGACCUCCGGAACACCAUGUCCAGCUAUAAGCGAGCUACUUUGGAGGAGGAGGAAGUUUCCGAUGCUCCAGCUGAUGCAGCUUCGUCUCCUGACGGAGUGGAGGUGGGCUUCAGAAAAGGGGGCGUGGACAUCCUGGGCAGGAGGACACAGCUGGAGGUCAUCCUAUCUGUCCUGCUGCUCGCCACCCUGCUUGCUCUGACGGCGUGUCUGCUGGUGCUGGGACUGAGCUUUAGUUCAGACAGUGGGCGUGGCCUGUGCCUGUCAGAGGCGUGCAUCACAGUGGCCAGUCAGAUAGUGGAGGCAAUGGACCGCAGCGUCGACCCCUGUAACGACUUCUACCAGUUCGCCUGCGGUGGCUGGAUGAGGAAGAACCCGCUGCCAGACGGACGCUCACGCUGGUCCACGUUCAACAGCAUCUGGGAACAGAACCAAGCGCUCCUCAAACACCUGCUGGAGAAUGGCACGUUUAACGGCAGCAGCGAAGCGGAGAAGAAGACUCAGUCCUACUACUUGUCGUGUCUCAACACACCGAGGAUCGAAGAGCUGGGAGCUCAGCCUCUCACAGACCUCAUCGCCAAGAUUGGCGGCUGGAACAUGACGGGUCCCUGGGACAAAGACAACUUCAUGGAGGUUCUGAAGGUAGUUUCUGGUCCAUACAGAGCUCAGCCUUUCUUCAGCAUUGGAGUCAGUGCUGACCCGAAAAACUCUAACAGCAACAUCAUCCAAGUGGACCAAUCAGGGCUCUUCCUGCCAUCCAGGGACUAUUACCUCAAUAAGACAGCCAAUGAGAAGGUGCUGGUGGCGUACCUGGAAUACAUGGUGGAGCUGGGGAUGUUGCUGGGUGGAGAGAGGAGCACCACCCACCACCAGAUGCAGCAGAUUCUUGACUUUGAAACAGCGCUCGCUAACAUCACUGUCCCUCAAGACCAGCGGCGGGAUGAGGAGAAGAUCUACCACAAGGUUACCAUCUCUGAACUGCAGCUCCUGGCUCCAUCCGUGGACUGGUUGGACUUCCUGCUGUCCUCGCUGUCACCAUUGGAGCUGAAUGACACCGAACCCGUUGUCCUGUAUGCCAAAGAGUACCUGCAGCAGGUGUCCGACCUCAUCAACAAGACAGAACGCAGUCUGUUGAAUAACUACAUGAUAUGGACGCUGGUUCAGAAGAGUGUGACCAGUCUAGAUCAGCGCUUCGAGAACGCUCAGGACAAACUGCUGGAGAGUCUCUUUGGAACCAAGAAGUCCUGCACGCCGCGCUGGCAGACCUGUAUUGGGAACACUGACGACACACUGGGCUUCGCUCUUGGAGCGCUCUUUGUUAAGGCAACAUUCGACAAACACAGCAAAGACAUUGCUGAGGAGAUGAUCAACGAGAUCCGCUCAGCAUUUAAAGAAGCUCUUGACCGACUAAGUUGGAUGGACGACCAAACCAGACAGGCUGCAAAAGACAAGGCAGAUGCGAUCUAUGAUAUGAUCGGAUUCCCAGAAUUCAUCCUGGACCCCAAAGAGUUGGAUGAUGUUUAUGAUGGGUACGAAGUGUCAGACGACAGCUUCUUCCAGAACAUGAUGAGCUUCUACAACUUUUCAGCGCGAGUGAUGGCCGACCAGCUGAGAAAGACACCCAACAAAGACCAGUGGAGUAUGACACCUCCUACAGUUAACGCCUACUACAUGCCCACAAAAAAUGGCAUAGUCUUUCCUGCUGGAAUCCUUCAAGCUCCGUUCUAUUCCCACAACCAUCCCAAGUCACUGAACUUUGGUGGGAUCGGAGUGGUGAUGGGUCACGAGCUUACUCACGCCUUUGACGAUCAGGGUCGUGAGUAUGAUAAAGAAGGAAACUUGAGGCCAUGGUGGCAGAACACGUCUGUGGAGGCAUUUCGUCAGAGGACAGAGUGUAUGGUGGACCAGUACAGCCACUACACUGUCAAUGGAGAACAUAUUAAUGGAAAACAGACACUGGGAGAAAAUAUUGCUGACAACGGAGGCCUGAAGGCUGCGUACCAUGCCUAUCAGUCAUGGAUCCAGAAAAAUGGAGACGAAAAGAGACUUCCUGCUGUCAACCUGACCAAUGACCAGCUCUUCUUUGUGGGAUUUGCCCAGGUGUGGUGUUCAGUUCGGACACCCGAGAGCGCUCAUGAGAGCCUGGUGACCGAUCCUCACAGCCCUCCCAGAUACAGAGUCAUUGGCACACUUGCCAACUCCCCAGACUUCAGUCGACACUUCAACUGUCCCACGGGGACACCAAUGAACACUGGGAGACGCUGUGUGGUCUGGUAGACAGACUGAGGCUGUCUGGAAUCUGUUAUCGAUCAACAGCUUAUUUAUCAGGAGUUGUACAGGGGGAUACUCAGUGGACUUCACACAGUGACAUGAAGGACUGAUGACGACAAAGAAGCCACGUGAGGAGUUGCUGAUUUCUGCUUCAUCACUGUUAUUGUUUUCGUUAUUAUUAGUGGGCUGUGGUGUGUGUGUGUGUGUGUGUGUGUGUCUGUGUGUUGUCAAACAUGAAAGUCUCUCCGAUCUGAAAACAUCACUGUGAUGACAUCUUAUAAAGUUUAAUUAUUACAUCAUAGAUUGUGGUCCUGGAUAUGAUUAUGGUAUGGAUCUAGACUUUUCCAUCUGUUAUUCCAAGAAUUAUUCCAGUUCUCUGAAACAUGAGUGAGGCAGUGAGAUAUUAUGACGAAUGUUGAAAGAGAACUGUCAGAAAAUGGACCUAGAUUUGUCCUUUCAGAAAGCUCUGCAGGCUUACCUGAGGCGUGGGGCACUUUUUGAGGUGUAGCGACGAUUAGUUUUGUUUUUGUGUGUGAAGUUAAACACUGGAACUUUACAAAGUGGAUAAUUUCAGAGCAAUGGAAAACUUUAUGGCGACGACAUCACACCAGAGGCAAAGGGUAUUAUUUUCCUGUGAUGAGAUUUGAUACAAAGUCAGUACAAAGUUAACACAAAUGAUCCUGUGUCCGGACUUUUUAAUAAUUUGUGAAAAGUCACGUUAAAUGUUAGUGUACCAUGAGACACAUUUGAAGGUGUGAAGUCAAACCUCAGCCAAUAAGAAUCCAGCUGCACUGCGGCCAUGUGCCUUGUUCCAUGUUGUUGUUAAGUCACUUCUCUCCUUUUUAAACACCAUUUCCCAUAAUUGUCAGAUGCUCUGAGCUCAUGUUGCCUUCAAAUGUUCACAACAAUACAUCCGUCAUGUGGCGUUCGCAAAAGCUCAGACUUCAUGAGUUGUGGCCCGUUUGCUGAUGUUGUCAGAAAUGAGAGAUGUAUUUCCUCUAACUUUUAUACGAGUCUGCUAAAUUGUCAGUCAAAGUCUUUUCUUCUUUGCCCGGUCCCGACUUCAAAUGUUUCAUCUCACUGAAGCCAACAACAUGUCUUCAUGGAUGGGAUUAGCAAGAUCUGCGUCACCUGGCACAUUUAACAUGACUAACAUGACAUUUGGGUCAAGUCCUGUCUUUGCACUGACUUUGUGUGUAAUCACAUUGUGCAAAACAAUUUCAUUGUACAAUAAAUACGGGACGUUGUGACUGGUUUUUCCUUUAUGUUUGAAUGUAAAUUGGCGGUUGGUGAAGGAGGCACUGCAUCUCCACCAAAAUCACAUCAUCCUUUCUUCCUCAGGCCAUCGCAUGCAUCCCCAAAAAAUUCAUCAAAAUGUAUUUUAAACUUUGAGUCAUGCUGCUCACAGACAAACUGGAUCAAAUCCUAACCUCAAAAAACAAACAAAUAGCUUUACAAUACAAACAAUACUGAAUUUCAAUGUAAAGUUUCAUUUCAGUUGAUUUAUAAACUGAAGUUGUAAGAGAUUAAUACAUUUAUUUAAUUUUUUUUAAAAUUUGAUCAAAACUUAACUUUUUUAAACAUUAACCUCUAAGUGAAAAAAAAAAAAUCUGUGGACGUGUUUUAUUCUGAGAUCGUUAGUUUGUGUGCACAUCAAACCUACUGUAACUACUAACCACUAUACUAGUCUUAUCAUGUUAACCAGGAACAAGUGCAACAAAAAAACACAGGCCUUGUUAAAAAAAAAAUUAUGGUUGUAAAAAGUGAAUUUGGAUAAGUUGCCUUAAAAUUUUUAAGUAAAAGCCUUAAAAUGUGAGUUUCAAGUGCUGAUGUCACCUAUUGCCAUGAAAGUAUAAUCAGUUUUUUAUAGGGUAACCUCAGAGGCUGAUUUGACCUGACAGACAUGGUGCAGUCAGCUUAAAAUGAACAGCAUUUCAGAGUGAAUCAAGUUUUUGUUUUGUUUUCUAAAAUAUUAAAAUUAGAUUUUACUCUUAGGUUUGCAACUAAAACUAAAUAAAGUUUGUUUUAUGGUUCAUCUCUUUUAUCUUGUUUUUUAAGUAAGAAUGCGUAGAAAUGCGAUAAUUGAAUUAAAGAAAUGGUUUUUGCCAUUUGAUUCUUAGCCUCAGCCUUCGUUACCCAUGAUCCUUUACGCUGGACUCACAUGUUCACGUUCACUCUGAAUGGAGUAGCACCAAGCGCCGCCAAACUACAUUGUGGAUUUGUUGCUUCACUACACUCACAUUGUGUGCGGCAGAAGUUCCGAAAUGUUCAACUUUCUUCAUGUCAUCCUGAGCGUGAACCAGAAGUUGAGAAAUGUUGAACUUUCCUCGCAUCAGCACGGGUGCCUGCCAAUCAAAUCACCUGUAACACUAGCUCAGACACCUUACAGUACAAACAGAGCUCACAGACAGGGUUGUUCUCCUCGUUAUCAAUGCUUUUUGCUGGACAAAAUGUGCCAAACAAUGGUGAAUAUUGCAUCACCUUCACUUAGCAUUAGCAACUCUUGCUACGUAGUUAGCCAUGGCAGAUUCUGGUCUGCUAACCUCUGAUAGCUACCUCCAGGGACAUUCUAAGACGCUUAACAUAGCUUAAUGUCCGAGAACAGCGACCGAUCGUCACCAAAUUUCUCAUAGACACCUCUACUCAUGUCCACUUUACAGACAAAACAGAAACCCCAGUAUUAAAAAAGCUUAAUGUAGCUUAAUGUCCGAGUGUGUCUGUAAGAAACAAAGAUUCACAGAUGCUUAUCCUAGACAGCAUCCAUUAUAUUGUGGAUUCCGUUUUCAUUUUUGGAGAGGUGAAAGUGGACAUGAUUGGAGACGUCCAUGAGAAAUUUGGCGAUGAUUGAUCGCUGUUUGCGUGCGUUAAACUACGUUAAGCUUUUUCACGUUAAGCCCCUACCUCCAGCACCAAGAGUCACACCUGCUCACCGUCAAACGUUGACAUGACAUGUACAUGUGAGUCCAGUGUUACGGCCUGUACAUACUCAUUAUCUGUGUGUGUCCUUAUGACAGGGGUCAUGGGCAUGGUCAGGGUAAAAAUAAAAGCAAUUGUUCAGUAGGGGAUAUUAGCUUAAAUUUAUAUCACAAUAUUUCACAACAAUUCAAAAGUAGUUUUGCUCUGGAACGGAUUCAAAGGCUACAAAAUGAAUUAGGAAAUACAUUUUUAAAAAACCACAUGGAAUAACUCAUAACUUGUUAUUAAGUUGCGGGACGCAUGAAAUGGAUUGUGGGGCCGCAUCGCGAGUUUGAGACCCCUGCUCUUUAGGAGUUCUGCACUGGAGUUUCUUGUGAAGUAUAAAAUGUCCUGACUAGAACUAGCUUUGUUAAAUGUCUCUGUUCUUGCCGAGUAUGUACAGGCCUUAAGUGUUCAAUUCUGACAGUUGGUGGAGCUCUCAGCCUCAUCUGGACUUCAUCAUCUAAAACAAACAUUAAAGUGGGUAUUGUGACAACACUGCACACUGUGUGUGUGUGUGCAUGUGUGUGUUUGCGUAUGUGAUGUUUUUUUGUUCAGAAGAAGCUGCUUCCUGCCAAAGAUGUUUCUGUGUGUGUGUGUAUGUGUGUGUGUGUGUGUAUGUGUGUGUGUGUGUGUGUGUGUGGUCUGUCUGUCUUUGUGAGGACCCCAGUCUUCAAACCUUCAUAUUGAGGAUAUUUCAGGCGAUAUCGUCGGUCCUACUCAUGAGAUUAAACCUGGCUGUAAAGUAGAGGCCUGACAGUGUGUUAUGUUCCUAGAGGUCCUCACAAGUAUGGAAAGACAAACAUGUAAGUGUGUGUGCGCUUUGGGGGUCAAAGAUGUGUAAUACUGUGUUUGUCCUGUCCAGUAGACGACAGUAGAUCUAGACAGGGCUUGUUGGAAGUGCCAUCUCUCUGUCCUGAAGGGCCUAAGCUGCUCUGCUUGUCCAAUCAGAGAGCUGUGCCGUCGACAGCCGCCUUCAGAGGUUUAAUCAAAUUGUGUAAAGAAAGCAUGACUUGGAUGUUUUCUGCAGAUUUACAGAAAUACUUAAAACAUUAAAGAUUAUAUGAUUCACAACA